AUGGAACUUCACUUUCUUGGCACAGGGUCAUGUUAUCCAUCUCCUAACAGAGGAGCCUCGUGCAUUGUUUUACGGCACGAGACAGGCUGUUGGAUGUUUGAUUGUGGGGAAGGGACCCAGAUUCAACUUAUGAAAAGUACUCUAAAACCGGGAAGAGUCAAUAAGAUUUUUAUCACUCAUCUUCAUGGAGAUCACCUCUUUGGUUUACCUGGCCUUCUUUGCACAUUAGGAUUGAACUGUGCUGAAAAUAAGCAGCCCAUUGAAAUCUAUGGACCCGUUGGCCUGAGGAAGUUUGUUAGAUUGUCUCUGGAAUUGUCACAAUCAUUGCUUGGUUAUUGCUACUCUGUCACCGAGCUGCAGUCUUUUGCAUCAGGUGGAUGUGUAAAUGUUUUCUACAUUCUCUCUUGUAUGAUGCAAUUAGUUUUGCCAGAAAAGGCUCUGGUGCACAUUUUAAUUUGAGUAUCACAAAACAAGACCUAAGUUUUCUCAUCAAAGCCAAUCAGGGCAAGAAUUAAAUGUCACCAGGGGUCAAUAAAAAUUCAAAACAUAGAAAAACAAAACUGAGUAAUUUAAGUGUAAUUUUUUAUUCGCUGAACUGAACAACGUACACUAUAUUUUGUGAUGGUCCUUCUCUUCCAGGAACUAAUGAGGAACAGGCACACUCAUCAUCUGCAUCAGACAGUUUACACCCAAAUGAGACUCAUGGGGGAAUGAUUCUUGCCAAUGAUAAAGGUGUAUGGGAAGUUUGCCAAGAAGGAAAUUUAACUGUGUUUGCAGCGCCACUUAAACACCGUGUUACAUGUUUUGGUUAUGUGAUUCAAGAGAAACAGCUUCCUGGAAAACUGGACCCUAAUAUUUUAAAAAGUAAAGGUAUUCCCCCAGGUCCUCUUUAUGCAAAAAUCAAGAAUGGUCAAACUAUAACAGCUCCUGAUGGUAGUCUAAUCAAGCCUACAGAUGUACUGGGGUCACCACGCCCUGGUCGUAAAGCUGUUAUCCUUGGAGAUACAUGUGACUCUUCAAGGAUUGUAGACAUUGCUUCUGAAGCAGAUGUUGUUGUUCAUGAAGCUACUCUUGAGAAUGAAUUGAUGGCUCAAUGCAUAGAUCAUGGUCACUCAACUCCAGGUAGCUAAUUCUGACAGCAACUAUAUGUAUGCUCUAAAAGCACCUCUCCUAGAAAAGGUUUCCCCUGAAAUAAGAUUUGCUUGUGCAGGAAGCAAAAAAGUCUGUUAUGUUCUCCAAUCCCACACACUGUUAACUAGAGUGGAGUGAAGGGAAAUGGAAAAAGUUAAAAAUGUUAAAAACAAAUUUGAAAAAGGGAAUUAGCAUCGUAUUUCAUGGAGUAAUUUAUCCAAGACCUGUAAUUUAUACAGAUGAGCUCACAUGUAACAAACUCAUCUAUUUUCAUAUCCUGGUGAAAGAAAGGCUAUGUUGACUAAAUGAAAAAGCAAAUUAGUAUCACAUUGCAUGGUAUUUGUCCAACAGCUUUAGCAGUAGUAAAAGGGGUUGGUUUCUAAAGAAACUGUGGUGCCAUGUCAGUGGGAGAGUAUAAUAGGGUAAUUUGGCAUUAUCAACUGCAUUGAUAAUGUAAUUUGGCCACUGUAGAGAGUUUUAAAGCUGGUAGUUCAAGCAUUAGCCCAUUGUCGGAUCAUAAGACGAAGGGCUAAAGCUUGAAAUGUCAGCUUUGAAACUCUUUAUGGUGGCCAAUUUAUGUUAUCAACUCAGUUGAUAAUACCAUAUUACACAGCUUUAGCAGUAAUUUGAUACUAAUGAGCUCACUGAUGACAAACUCUCCACAAAAAGAAUGGAAUAGUUAAGGUUCUCUUUCUGUGUUUUUUUCCCAACAGAAAUGGCUGGACAGUUUGCAAGGAAAAUCAAAGCCAAAAAACUGGUUCUCACACAUUUUAGCCAAAGAUACAAGAGAGUUAGUGACAUUGAAGGAAGUGGCACUGAUGACACUGCAACUGUAAAAAAACUUCUUAUGCAAGCUGAGGAGGCAUUUCUGCCAGGAAAUGUUGUUGAUGCUGAUGAUUUCAUGGUUAUACAAAUUCCUCAAAAGCAAUAACAAAGCACUUUUAAUUCUGUUCAUACCUACAUCUAAUGUAGUGUUCACAAACAAUACAGUUCUCUCAAUUUUUUUUACACGCACCUGUAUGAUACUGACAUGUAAUGCUAUAAUUUAGCCAACAGGAAAAAAAAAAUAAGUUAAACAAUUAUCUUAUGAAACCAAUGAAUUUAUCUAACUAUAUUUUUGAGGUAACUAUUACAAGGGGGCAAGUCCUAACCUACAUAAUCCACUAUACACUUAAUUUCAGCUACUGCUGAUACACAGUGAAAAUUGCCUUCCUCUGAAACUCCCAACUUUUAGAAAAAUUCAGCAGCAGACUACAACAACUAUAUUUAGCUUUUUCAAGCAGUCAGCCUUGGCCAAUAACAAUCACUAACUUCAUUAGGUCACCAACUGCUUAUAUACAUUAAUACAGCAUUAAUAUUAAAGGUUCUUGAAACCUUUAAAGUAACUAUUCUUGUAACAUUAUGUAAUGAUUGCAUCACUCAGUAGAAUGUUCUAGAUUAAUCCACAUAGCAUGACUAAGCUUUCUAGAAAUUUCCAGAAACUCUCCAUUCACAGCUACUCUUUAUAACAAUUAACACUUCCUAAAAUGGACCAUACAGUUGAUUCUUGCUAUUUGAAUUCUUCGGUUAUUUUUUUUAACUUAAUUCACACUAAAACAGGCACCACCUUGCUAUUAGUGAUGUUUGUGCAUACUUGCAAUAACUCUUUGAUGAUGAAUUUGAAACUUCUCCCCACAAUGUGAAUACAUUAUUAAGCAAAUAUGUGAUAAGAAUUGACACAAUUAUCAACUUGAAGAGGCUAUUUUGAUUUAGCACUAAAUCCUCUUUAAAAUUAAUUUACAAGAAAAUCUAUUACAUGCAAAAGGGAAAAUUUCAAGACAGGACUCGGGGUUCAAUGGGUUUAAUGAACUAUUUUUUGUGGUUCAAAGCUCUGCUAGAAGCAGAUCUAGUCCACCUGCUACAUCUCCUUCAAAAUAGUAUACUGGAUACUGGUUGUUUGGCUGACCAUUCCGUUGUAUGUUACCUCCAGCUUCUCUCCUUCUCUCUCUGAAUCGCUGUAGCUCUUGGUGUUGUUGUCCACCAGAAAUCAAGCUGUGAAUGCCAUUGCCAAUGAAACCCCCGGCGGUCCCUCCUAUGGUCACACCAGCAGCCCCACUCCAAGGUCCCAGGAGGAAAGCACCUGCCCCCAAGAUCAUACCCACUCCAAACCCAAUCUGAGCACCAGGAUUGCUAAGGGCAAGGGUCACCCAACAAUAGAUCACACCAAAAGAGAAAAGAAUCAUCUCUAUGACCUCACGGAGCAUGUAGAUGAGGUGAACUCCCAACUGAUUGGUUGCAUUAGGAUUUUGGAGGAUGAGGCGCAAUAUUUGGAAUACAGGUGGCAGACCAAUUUCCAGGUUGUCACCAUUGGGGUUUAACAAGCAGUUGGUUAUGAUCAAGAAGUUUCUGACAUUAAGAAUUGCUUCUUGGAUCAACGGAGAUUUUCCUUUAAGCGUCUGAAAUUUCUUGGCAUCAUGAUAGGCACCCUCCAGCAGACUGAUAAGUGACGUGUAUCCGGCAAAGCGACCGUGUUCGGGCUUUUCGGUACUGAUGGAGAGUUUAAUUUUCUCCUGUGCAAAGAGGUCAGAAAUGCUGUUCCUCAACUCUUGCUGAUGAAUUGGACAGAGGAAAAGAUCCCUUUUGUUGCCACCUUUUGCUGCUUUUGAAUUCUUAGUUGAGCAGGACGGAUGACGGCAGAUAACCUCAGAGGAAGUAAAGUUCGGAUCGAACUGAAGGAGAGAUAUUUCUUCGUAAGCCCCGAGAUGGCCAGACUUCCGCAGCGUCACUUUUGUUUUGAAGUUGUCCCCAAAAAGCUUUCUAGCAUCAAGAAGGCUAGAUUUGCUCACUUUUGGCGCGGGUGACACAGGUUUGAGGUGAGCGAGAAGUUCUUGUUGCCAUUCUUGUACUAUCUUUGAGACAGUUUCGCCAGCUACCGGUAAUACAAGGGAAUUAUUCCUCAAUUGUGAACCGUCAGCUUGGUUUCCAAUAAUCCCGAGUUUAGCGCCUAAAGCAGAUAUUUUUUCCUUUGCAAUUUCAUCAUACUGAAACGACAUUUCUGGUCGCUGGAGUUUGCUCUUGUUUCAGUCUGGACGAGGUCACGAAUCGAACGGAACUAACGUUUGUCUCGGUUGGAAAUAUCUACAGGAUUUGAGGGGAAACCCCGAUGGGGAUUACAUCAGGAGAAUUUCUCGCUCUUUUUUGAAAAAAGGCGUUGAUGAAAAAUUAAUUUCUCCCGUAGAGAAGAACAUGACUUGGCAGAUUUCGAGGAAAUGUUUCCUCAUGAAACCGAAAGAUUAAGCUUUCGAACCGUGAAGGAAGUGAAAAUUCUGGUAAACGACUCCAGCAUUAAUAUAAUCUUCCGGGAGAUAAGUUUAGAACCCCUAAGAUCGCUUAACCCGCUUCCAUUAUUUGAUGUUUGUUCAAGAAUAUUUAGAAACAUGACGCUCCAUUACAGCGAAACUGAAAAGGGAAAAAACCCCUCGUUAGAAGUCAAGAGUUGUUUUUCUAUAUAAACGCAAUCAAUUGUAUCUCUUUUAAGACAACAAUUGGGACCAAAAAAAAAGAAAUUGUUCUACUCGUAUCUAGUUUAAAACUACCCUUCCAACUUGACUCAAGCUAAGCAAGCGAACGCACAUAGACUUCAUGUUUUUAGGAAGGCUUCAAAAACUAUUAUCAAAAAAUCAAAAACAAAUAUUAAAAAAGGGAAGUAUGAAUUAAAGAUAUCACAGAGGUUACAACGCGCAAGGUAACUUGGGACUGUCUCCAUCCACAUUCAAGAUGGCGACCAAGCAGUUAAGCGGGGUUCUGCGAACAUAUAUUGCCGCAGGUAAAGCAUCUCCUUCUCCCCCGCUAGGCCCUUCACUUGGACAGGUAAAAUAGCCUUGUGAUAUUUUGAUUGAUUUUUGCUGGAUUCCUGUUAAGCUGAGUUUCGUUUCUGUUUUGGAUGAACAGCGAGGAGUGAACAUAGCGCAGUUUUGCAAAGAGUUUAACGAAAGAACUAAGCACAUUAUCACUGGAAUUCCAAUUCCUACGAUCAUCUCUUACAAGGUAAAUAUUGAGUAUAGUCAACUUGUGUCAGUUCUUCUCGCUGGGAGCAAUUGCUGGCUUUUAUAACAAGACGUGUUGCUAAAAUCUGUAACAGACUGUCUAAUUGAAUGGACAAAAAUCCUUCAUUAAGGAUUUUCCCUUUGAACUUCACUCAGCCUUCUUGAUUUGAGAAAAGAAUUUGCAAUUCUAUUAUUUUGACGUUUCUUUUGUGUUGCUUGUUAGUUUUUUCUUUAUCAACACAAGGCCUAGGCACACUGCAAGGGCACAUUUCUUUAUACACCUUUUAACUCUUUACACCCUAAGAUCAGUAUGCACAUUCUCCAUUCUGUUCUAAAUAUAUUUUCCUAGGUGCUGACAAGGAGAAUUUGUUUAACAAUCGAGAGCUUCUUUAAUUUGUUAUCAUUUCCUUUAUUCUCAUGACCUUAAUGUUUGAUUCAGGGUGAUAUUGAAAGGAAAAAUCAGAUGCUUGGCCCCUCAUAGUGGUCAAAGGAUUAAGAAACUUUAUUUAAGUGUCAAACACUUCAAGCACUCUUUUCACAUACUAGGUGCGCUAUAAAUAUAUCAAUUUUAAGUUGAAAAUAAACGCAUAUUUUGCAUGUUCUGAUAUGGCAAAAUGGCUGUGCUGUAGUGGAGGUUUUUAUGUUAAACUACAAUGCUGCAGAUAUGAUGUAUUGAUUUUUUAUUUGACUUAUUUAUUGAAAAUUCAGAACUAAGCUGACUUAUUGAUUGAUUGGUUGCUGUUAUGAUUAGUUGGUCGAUGGAAUGAUUGAUCAGUGGACCAUUGGUUUGUGAACCAGAGGACACAAUACAUUGAUAUUCUCACAUAAGUAACCAAUAUUGAAAAGCUAUCAACCUCAAGAAAAAGUUUACGAUCAUGUGUUUUGUAUUGUAGGGUGAUCGCUCAUUUAGCUUUGAAAUGACUUCACCUCCAGUCUCACAUUUUCUAAAAGCAGCUGCUGGAGUUGAGAAAGGGGCUCAAAAACCAGGUAAGACUCAAAUUUAAUUACUUUCCUCAUCUGUUCAUGUAGCCUGUGGAGCAGUGUAAUGCAGAAAUAUUUUUGGUUUUUGCAUGGGUUUGAAUCAUGUCAAAGCCCAAUUUUUUUCAGGCCCUUCCUUCUUUUUGCAAUAUAUUCAAUUUACAGUUAACCCAUGGAGAUCAUUCUCUUAACUGUUAGCUUAGUGCUAAAAAAAUUGGUCUGGAAGGGAAGAGAAAGAAAUUUUGAUGGAGAAAGAAAACCCAACAAUUGUGAUCUAACCUUUACCCUUGAACUCCCAUGAGUGACCAAAUAUCAACCAAAUAAGUGAUGAGAAUAAAGAGAAAUGUCAAUUUGGGAAUAAUUAGUUGAUUCAAUACCAAAUUCUCUGAACUUACAUGAUGAGAAUUGUAUGGUUUAUAGUAAGGAGAGUUACAAAUUUUAUCUGGGAGUUAAAGGGUUAAUUCAAACAUGACAGCUCAGUAAACAAUCACAAGCUUGCAACUCUUGAGACACUUGCACUGCAAGCAGCUUUGAAUAUUUAAAACAUCUGUAGGUUGGGUUAUAAUACUUGUUGCAAUCUGUUAGUGCAAUGAAUGUGUUACUAGUAAUCAGAUCCUUGUGUUUGUGCAAAGAUUGCUGGAAUCGCUACUGGGCAGACAUGGCAACUCACUAUGUAGAAAUGUAUUAUGAAAAGUUGUUUUGACAUCCAAAAAAACGAUUUUGGAGAGAGAUCAAUGCUAUUUCACCUCAGUGUUAUCAUAAAUGGAUAAAGAUAAUGUUGAUUUGAGGGAUGUGUAACCCAUUCAUUCAAGUUGUAUAUAAAGUUGUACCUCCUUUAAAUAAACCUCCUAACCCAAGUCUUACUCAUUUCUGAUCAAAGGAGAAUACUGCCUUUAACCCUUUAACCCCUGAGGGUGACUGGCUUCUGACUUCUUGCAAUAUCACCCCCUGGAUCAAAUGUAAAGGUUAUGAGAUUAUAGGAAAUGAUCACCAAAUUUACAAAGCUCCCAAACAAAUUCUUCUUGUCGGUGCCAUAGUUUUUGUAAAGAGAAAGGUGUGUGGAGAAUUUGACACACCAAAGAGGUACAAAAAAUAAUUUAAAGGACCUUUUGAAUGUAUUACAUUAAAUAUCUCCUUGUAGGCCAUGAAGUUGUGGGCACAGUAACCCUCAAGCACAUUUACGAAAUUGCCAAAAUCAAGAAAGAGGACUCAUCGAUGAAGAAUGUGCCAUUGAGAAGUGUAUGUAGAUCUGUCAUUGCUUCAGCCAGGGGCAUGGGCAUUGAGGUUGUUCCUGGUAGAGAUGCAGAUACAUAACACACACCCAUCACUAAAACCUUAGUGACUAGUCAUGCAGUCAUUUGGGAAAUAUCUUGUGCGAAAUGGGAGAUAUAUCUUUGGAUCAUCUGAAGUACAUUGCAGAAGAAACUACCAAAAGAGGAAAUCUUGGUUUUUAUCAGAAUUAUGCUUUUGCAGGUGUUCAGUUAGUGUAAAAUACAAUAAUAGCACUCAUGCAAAGUGAAAAGGAAGGCAAAAGUAGAAAAGAAUAAUCUCAACUUUUGUCAAUCCCCUUCCUUUUUUUGUCUCAUUGUUUUGCAUCAACCUGCAUUUACCACUCAUCCUUUUUACUGACUAAUUGCCAGGAAUGGGCUAUCGAGGAAGUUGCAAAGGAGAGGAAACAAAUUUGAUGUACAUAGAAGAAUUUAUCUACCAUAAGUACAGUAUCCCAGUUUUAGCUUGAAAUUGUUGGAUUAUAAUGUUAGUAUCUGAGCAACUGCACCCCACCCCUCCCCUCACCCAAAAUUAACCCUAAAUUGUUAUCAGUUGACUUUUGUUGGGUUAGGGGAGGGGUAGGUGUGUUGUUGCUCAGAUACUGAAAUUAAUCCAGAUUGAUCAUCAAACAUGUUUGUGAACAGGCCACAGGUUAUUACCCAUAUAAGGAAUUCAACUAUUCCCCAUGUAGGAGAGAGAGCUUGGGUUUGAGGUUGUCGAGAAAUGCACACCUCUGUUCCAAAAUGAUAAGUUGAUGAAGUUUGAUGCAUAGUAAUUCUCAUAAAGAGGAUGUCAGAAUGAGACGAGUCGUCUCACUGAUUUGAAGUUCACAACUCCAGAUGGAACUUGGUUAUUUAAUAAAAUUAAUGUGGUAUUUUUGUUUCUUUGCUUUUCACCACGAUCGCCUUUGCCAGUGUAAAGUAGGAAAACUAUGUUAUAAAACUGUAUGAAAGGAUAUCAGCCCGAAGUCCGGUCUUUUCAGAUAUUUUCGCAGUACAGUUCAGAGCACCCUUGGUUAAUAAGAGUUUAACCUCCUGACUGGAAUCUGUCUUUUGACGCAGUAAAUCUUUGCGUUUGUGACAUCAGAAAUAUCAAAUUUUUAUUCGAGACGCAAAACAAAUUAGCCCAAAGCCAGAAAACCGG